AUGGGUGAUCUAAACACUUGCUUGUUGAAAAAUGACCAUCGCUCGCGCAAAUUAACAUCUACCAUCGAAUCUUAUAAUUUAAAUAUCUUACCUUUGAAUGCCACUCAUCACUUUCCAGAUUCCUCCCCUUCGCUGCUGGAUCUCAUUUUCGUUUCUAACCCUAUCCUGGUGCAUAAGCAUGGCCAAAUCCCUGCUGAUGCCUUUUCUUACCAUGAUCUUAUCUUCCUUUCCUAUAAAUUGCGUCCACCUAAAGUAAAACCUCAAAUUCUUAUGCUACGACGCAAUUUUAGAGGCAUUGAUGUAGAAAGUUUAUCUGCCGAUGCUGCUGAGUUGGACUGGAACUCGGUGUAUAGUGAGAGAGAUAUUCAUAGGAAAGUUGGGCUUUUUAAUUCAUUGCUAACGCAACUGUAUGAUGUUCAUGCUCCAACAAGGCCAGUAAAAGUGAAACAUUUACCUUCUCCAUGGUUAACUGAUGAAAUCAAAUUAAUCAUAGAAACUAAAAAUCGUGCUAAAGCUAAGCUGAGAUUGUGUGAUUCUCCUUUGGCGCGUGAGAAGAAGACAAACUUAGACUUAGACAAGGUUGUUCAAUGGAGUAAGUCGUAUGGUCUUAAGAUAAACCCUUACAAGAGCCAGGCCAUUAUCAUCGGGAGUGCAUCAUAUAUAAUGAGAAUAAAUUGGUCAACUUUACCCCAGCUUACUAUAGAUGGUACUGUUGUUCCGUUUUGCUCCACUGUUAGGAACCUGGGCAUUACUUUGGAUACAACCCUGUCUUGGCAGCCCCAAAUUAAUGAACUUAGCAGGAGGAUUUUUUCUUCUUCUCACGCACUUAAUAGGUUACGCAAUUUCUUGCCUAUCUCAACUAAAAUUUCUCUUGCUCAUUCUCUUUUACUCUCUAUUCUUGAUUACGCUGAUGUGUGUUAUCCUGAUUUAACUGAGUUGCAGCUUGAUAAGUUAGAACGCUUACAAAAUGUUUGCAUCAGGUUCAUAUUUGGUCUUCGUAAAUUUGACCAUAUUUCGGAGUUCCGAAGAAAGCUAAAUUGGCUACCCAUUCGAUUGCGGCGUAAGAUGCACAUUCUACAACUUCUUUUUAAUGUUCUUUUUAAUCCUAAAACUCCUAGUUACUUAAAGCAAAAUUUUAUGUUUCUCUCUGGCGGUAGUUUUGACUUGCGUUCUCUGGACAACCUUAUUCUUGAAACUCCUAUUCAUAAAACUGAAUUCUAUCACUCCUCCUUUACUGUGCAAAGUAUUCUGCUAUGGAAUUCUCUUCCAAUUGACAUUAGACGGGCUCAGUCCUUAAAUUUAUUCAAAAAGCUUCUUCUUGAUCAUUUUCUUUCUGCCUCGUAA